GUAGUUAUGUACUCCCUCUGUACACAAGUACAGAAUGUUAUCACGCUUUCUGAAGGCUUAAAAAAAAACUACUGUCUAUAUUUACUUAUUUUCGUUUGCCUUUACCAAUUUAGUCUGUCGGUAUUUUAAUUCUGGGAAGUAAUUUCUCACUACCUGACAUUCGAACCUUACACUUCAGCUGAAAUCACCAUCAUAUGAGAUACUUAUAUGUUUUAUUUAGUCACCAUCAUAUGCCCCCAAUUUCAACCUAAUAAAGUGGGCAGACACCAAAGAUGAGAUGUUAUUCUCCAUGCAUCCAUCCUCCCCUCCUCCUCCUACAUGGGGGUGCAACAAACCUAACAUGGCAAAGAUUCUCAGAAGAUUAAGCGACCCAUUCGCACCUCUAGAGCCAACGUAACGCGUCAAUAAUUCGUCGCCGUUUCUUUACUGAUUUGCUGCUAAAGUUUGAUGCUUUCGAUCUGGCCAUGAUUGGGAGAGAGAGAGAGAGAUGUAAAACAAGAUGAGAUAGAAAUUAGUUCUUCUUCUACCUGUACCUGGUUUCAUACCUUUUCUUCAGAUCCAGGGACAUAGGUCAUGUUGGCAUGGUAGCUUAGUUUGUAGUGCUAAUGCGGAGGUCUCCUCUAGUUGGGUUAAUUAAGGAGGUGACGUCUCCGUGUUAGAGUUUGUUUAUCGGCAUGCUGUCGGGUAAUUAAGCACAUCAAACCAAGUUGAAGUGUAUGCUGCUGAUUCUUCUUCAUUUGGUUUGUAGCAUAGCUUUCCAUAACAGGGCACUAUAGAAACUUUAUCACUGUAGUUGUUGUUGCGCUAGCACUUGUGGUGCAGCUAGCAGGAAGCUAAGCUUGCCUGAGUUACUUGUUCAGCUUAAUUAUCUGCUACUCUCAUCGUGUAAACAAAUCUAGACCAUUCUACAUGCUUGUUUGUGACUAAGAAAGUGCAAAGUAACUGCAAUUAACGACUUGAUUCCAGAGCUAGCUGUAGCUGGUACGAGAUGAUUGCAUUUGCAUAUCUGGAAGCUGAGGAAAGCUAGAGAAUGUCACAGGCUAGCAUAUGUAAGCUUUGAGCUUGUUUAAAGUUUAUUUUCCUUCGUCUUCUCCUACACCGAGGUCUGUCAUGGCCGAAUGAUUAAGUUCGGUUGGUUGGUUGGUUGGUGCCAACAGUUGCUUAAGUAGCACCGCACGCCAACGUCUCUUUGAGUUCCUGCAAAGCUUCCAAACGCAGAGGUACAUUCAUCACUUGGUUUCGAUCGUAUGGAGACGUGUUUGUUGUCCAAUUUGGUGUGUGUUGGCACAUUCGGAGAUUUCAAUUUCUGAAUUUGUGCCAGAUGCAUCAAACUGAACCACAAGCAUGCGUGCAUCUGUCUGAUUGAACAUCAUUUGAUCGACCAGUUAUGCUCAUCUUCUGCAUGAAUGGUGCAAAAUCAGAUGCUUUGUUGUGGUGAUCCAAGGUGCAAACUGCAAAGUCGGUAUACACAAAUGUGGAAGUUAUGUGCAGGUAAUGGACAGUCCAGUGCAAUGCAGUUAUGCAAGGACUGCACUUUUCAUUACCACAGGUUCCAAGAACUAGUAUGUAUCAUUUGUUCCCUGUUGAUUAUUAUUGUUUUCUCAUUUUCUGACCAGCUUUUUUGCUGCACGUUUGGUUAAAUUCUCCAGGUUAUUUGUCGGUGGUCAUCUUCCUUGGGUUUAUUUCUUUUAACUUCGAAAAAUGACUAAUACCACACAACUUUUGUUUUGUUCACAGAGUCUAAAACCCCUGAUUUGGAAAACAAAAAGAUGCAAAAUCGACAUAACAAAAGAGUUUAGGAAUUAGCCAUUCACUCUCUUGUGAACUUCCCACUAUCCCCUCUGGAAAAUGUACAUUUUCAGUCUAUGCACCUCAAACAUAGUUUCAGUAUGGUUUGUGUGCCAUUAAUUAACAAUAUUUAUCUUAAUUGGUUCAAGAUGUCAGUUCCUACCUUAGAACCUAGAUACCAAUGCUACUGUUGUUGCUACCUGAUCAGACAGGGAAGACAGCACAAGGCAAAAUCCUGCAUCCCAAAUUUACUAAUCAGUACGUACUAAUCACCUGCAGUUCUUUUUCUCUGAAUAAAUAUUCCAGCAGCCUUAUGACUGUGUCAACCCAAUGGAACCCUGCUUACCAAAUGUUAACCCCCAUUUAACUACACAGCUAACAGUACCUCUGCUGCCCCUGAUUAAUCUAAUGCUGCAGCGAUGAACAUUCUACCGGGGGCAUGUGCCGGCGAUCCCCCUGCUGUGUCAGCACGCAGCAGUAACAGCAGCAGGAGGAAGUACAGUACCUCCCACUGUCAAAGGAAUGAUUAGCAGAGGUUCUAUUCUAACAAGGUCAACUUAGGCAGCCUAACACAUGCACCCAGAACUUCUGCAGAGAGAGGUAACUGCACUUUUUGUUUAAUCUCUGUGCAUGCAGGACAUGUGUAGGACAGCAGAAAAGAACACACUCUCUUGUCUCACCUUGGGUAGGAUUAACUUAAUUAACCUUUGUUCUGCUGCAAAGGAAGUGGCUUGUUUUACUCGUUGUCAAAAGGUCAUAGUAUAAGAUUAGCAGUACUGGUAUUGGUGGUACUUUUGCUCAAUGUUAGAGCAGAUUUUGUGAGCUAAGAUCCUAGUUAACUUCUCUAAGUACCUACACAGCAUAGGAUUAGUAGUACUGGUGGUUCUACUUCUGCUAAAUGCUAGAGCAGGUCUUCUCAGCUAAUAUCGAUCCCUAAUAAACAUCUCUAAGUGCCUACACAAAAUUUCUCAUGGAGGAAAUGAUCUAGCUCCUCCUACACAUGUCACAUGUGUAGAUCAAUCUGUUCAGUUCUGGUGAUGUUAGACUUUUGCACCCACACAGAAAACCUACUGCAAGUUGUUAAUCUUUACCAGAGAGAGAUCCAUAAGCAGAAGGUUCCAAAGAAUAAACCAGUAGCACCACACUAGCACAGUACUACUGCCACCCCCCAGUAAACAGCAGAGCAGGCUCUCUGAUCAGCAAUGUACUAGUUAAUUAGUCAAAGCUAAUCUACUGUCUCUGCCUGCAAGUGCCUGCACACAGCAGGAUAGGGAAUGUAAGAAGAAAGAUGUACUUUACCAAGUAAUCUAACAUGCUGGCACAAAGUGAAAGACAAUAGUUAAUCAAGGAGUGGCAGAUUAGAACUAGAUGACCAAAAGCAGGCCAUGGCUUUGAGAGCAACACAUUCCCUCCAUGUUCCAUGUUCUCAUGUCCCAUGAUCCUCUUCCUCCUCCAGACACCUCACAUCUGCUCACUGCCUGCAAAUUGCCUGCCCAUGUUGGAAAAUGCCAAGGAGGUUUAGUUUAGUGGUGUGUAUAUAAUAUGAUGCGAUCCUGCUUAUAGAAGAACAAACCAUGCAAUAUUCUCCGAGUCUCUCCUUCGUAUAAAGUUUCUGGUGAUAUCUUGCCUAGCUGCAGACUCUGCUCCGGUGCUCCUCUCCUUCUUCUUCCUCCUCCUCCUGCGGAUGCAAGCAGGUGGAGUGAACUAAGAGGAGCCGAGCAGAGCAGAGCAGACACUGCACUGACAAUGGCAGAGCACUAGAAGCAGCAGAGAGCUGAGCCGAGCUGAGCUAGCGGGAGUGGUUUCUUUUAAGGGAAAGUUGUUUUUCAUCUGCGCUGACAAUGGCGGCGAGAGUGGCGGCUCUGGUGGUGGCAGCACUGGCUGUCGUCUUACUCAGCGGCGGCAGUGUCGGCGCGGCCGGUGGUGGUGGCGAGCGGGCGGCGCUUCUGGGGCUCAAGGCGGGCUUCGUGGACCCGCUGGGUGUGCUUGCCGGCUGGAAGGCCGCCGGCUCGCCGCAUUGCAGGUGGACCGGCGUCCGGUGCAACGCCGCGGGACUCGUCGACGGGCUCGACCUCGCCGGGAGGAACCUGAGCGGGAAGGUGUCUGGGGACCUGCUCCGGCUGCCGGCGCUGGCGGUGCUCAACCUCUCCUCCAACGCCUUCGCGGCCGCGCUGCCCAGGUCGCUCGCGCCGCUGUCGAGCCUCCAGGUGUUGGACGUCAGCCAGAACUCCUUCGAGGGCGCCUUCCCCGCGGGCCUCGGCUCCUGCGCCGGCCUCGUCGCCGUCAACGGCUCCGGCAACAACUUCGUCGGCGCCCUCCCGGAGGACCUCGCGAACGCCACCUCGCUCGAGAGCAUCGACAUGCGCGGUGACUUCUUCAGCGGCGGCAUCCCCGCGGCGUACCGGAGCCUCACCAAGCUCAGGUUCCUCGGCCUCUCCGGCAACAACAUCGGCGGCAAGAUCCCGCCGGAGCUCGGCGAGCUCGAGUCGCUCGAGAGCCUCAUCAUCGGGUACAAUGAGCUCGAGGGCCCUAUCCCGCCGGAGCUCGGAAAACUGGCUAACCUCCAGGACCUCGACCUCGCCAUCGGCAACCUCGACGGCCCCAUCCCGCCGGAGAUCGGGCGGCUUCCGGCGCUCACCUCGCUUUUCCUUUACAAGAACAGCCUCGAGGGCAAGAUCCCGCCGGAGGUCGGCAACGCGUCGUCGCUCGUCUUCCUCGACCUGUCCGACAACCGGCUCACCGGCCCGAUCCCCGCCGAGGUGGCGCGGCUGAGCAACCUCCAGCUGCUCAACCUCAUGUGCAACCACCUCGACGGCGCCGUGCCCGCGGCCAUCGGCGACAUGGAGAAACUCGAGGUGCUCGAGCUGUGGAACAACUCCUUGACGGGCGUCCUCCCGGCGUCGCUCGGCCGGAGCUCGCCGCUGCAGUGGGUGGACGUCUCGUCGAACGCCUUGACCGGGGAGAUACCCGCCGGGAUCUGCGACGGCAAGGCGCUGGCCAAGCUGAUCAUGUUCAGCAACGGCUUCUCCGGCGAGAUCCCCGCCGGCGUCGCGUCGUGCGCGUCGCUGGUGCGCCUGCGCGCGCAGGGUAACCGGCUCAACGGAACGAUUCCAGCUGGGUUCGGGAAGCUGCCGCUGCUUCAGCGGCUCGAGCUCGCCGGCAACGAGCUCUCCGGCGAGAUCCCCGGCGCCCUGGCGUCGUCGGCGUCUCUGUCGUUCAUCGACGUCUCGCGCAACCGCCUCCAGGGGUCGCUGCCGUCCAGCCUCUUCGCCAUCCCGGGCUUGCAGAGCUUCAUGGCGGCGGGCAACAUGAUCUCCGGCGAGCUCCCCGAUCAGUUCCAGGACUGCCUCGCGCUGGGCGCGCUGGACUUGUCGGGAAACCGGCUCGUCGGCAAGAUCCCGUCGAGCCUCGCCUCCUGCGCAAGACUGGUCAACCUGAACCUCCGGCACAACGGGCUCACCGGCGAGAUACCGCCGGCGCUGGCCAAGAUGCCGGCGCUCGCCAUUCUUGAUCUGUCGAGCAACUUCUUGACCGGGGGCAUACCGGAGAAUUUCGGGGGCUCGCCGGCGCUCGAGACGCUCAACCUGGCGUACAACAACCUCACCGGGCCAGUGCCGGGGAACGGAGUCCUGCGCACGAUCAACCCGGACGAGCUGGCCGGCAACGCCGGGCUGUGCGGUGGCGUGCUCCCGCCAUGCUCCGGGAGCCGCGCCGCCAGUCUGUCCCGCGCACGCGGCGGCAGCGGCGCGCGCCUCAAGCACGUCGCGGUGGGGUGGCUCGUGGGGAUGGUAGUCGUGAUCGCCGCGUUCACGGCCCUGUUCGGCGGCUGGCAAGCGUACCGCCGGUGGUACGUCAUCGGCGGCGCCGGGGAGUACGAGUCCGGGUCGUGGCCAUGGCGGCUGACGGCGUUCCAGCGGCUGGGGUUCACGUGCGCCGACGUGCUCGCGUGCGUCAAGGAGGCGAACGUGGUCGGCAUGGGCGCCACCGGCGUCGUGUACAAGGCCGAGCUCCCGCGCGCCCGCACCGUGAUCGCCGUCAAGAAGCUCUGGCGCCCAGCGGCGACGGACGGCGACGCGGUGCGCAACCUCACCGACGACGUGCUAAAGGAGGUGGGGCUCCUGGGCCGCCUCCGGCACCGGAACAUCGUCCGGCUGCUCGGGUACAUGCAUAACGACGCGGACGCCAUGAUGCUGUACGAGUUCAUGCCCAACGGCAGCCUGUGGGAGGCGCUGCACGGCGGGGCGCCGGAGUCGAGGACGAUGCUGACGGACUGGGUGUCCCGGUACGACGUGGCCGCCGGAGUGGCGCAGGGGCUCGCCUACCUCCACCACGACUGCCACCCGCCCGUCCUCCACCGCGACAUCAAGUCCAACAACAUCCUGCUCGACGCCGACAUGCAGGCCCGCGUGGCCGACUUCGGGCUGGCCCGCGCGCUGUCCCGCUCCGGCGAGUCCGUCUCCGUCGUCGCCGGCUCCUACGGCUACAUCGCGCCCGAGUACGGGUACACGCUCAAGGUGGACCAGAAGAGCGACAUCUACAGCUACGGGGUGGUGCUGAUGGAGCUCAUCACGGGGAGGCGGCCGGUCGACACGGCGGCGUUCGGGGAGGGCCAGGACGUCGUCGCCUGGGUCAGGGACAAGAUCAGGAGCAACACCGUCGAGGACCACCUCGACCCGCUCGUCGGCGCCGGAUGCGCGCACGUCAGGGAAGAGAUGCUGCUCGUGCUACGCAUUGCCGUGCUCUGCACCGCCAAGCUGCCCAGGGACAGGCCAUCCAUGCGCGACGUGCUCACCAUGCUCGGGGAGGCCAAGCCGCGCCGCAAGAGCGGGAGCUCCGCCGCCGCCGCCGGCGGCGGCAAUGUCGCCGCCAUGGCCGUGGCACUGGCCGCGCCCGUCGUCGACAAGGACAAGCCGGUCUUCAGCACGACGCCGGACUCCGUCUGAUCUGAUGCAUGAUUUUUUUUCCCAACUUGUAUGUAGAUAGAUUUUUUUUUCCACUUGAUUAUUUAAUUUUGAGAUUGUAAGCAACCAUUUGAUGUCAGGAUUAAUUAGGCACAUAGAUAAA